AUGCGGCAGGAAGCAUUCUGGAGUGCCUUGGAGUACACCUGCCGAUUGUUGGGCAUCACCACUGCAGCAGUGCUGAUCGGCGUGGGUGUAGAAACUCUACAGCGAGGGCAGUUCAAAAGCCUGGCUUUCUACCUGCUUUUUUCAGGUAUUGCAGUUACUGUCUGUGAAGGCUUCUUCUUUCUCAGUUUGUUCCUGGAGAUGUGCUUCACAUAUGAGCCCGACUCUUUGGCGCAUUCCUGCUGGAAGCAAGCCAGACACCCAGGGAGUUUCCAGAAAUUCCUGGGGUACACUCUGCUCUCAGUGGCUUGCUUCUUGCAUCCCGUCAUCGUCUGGCAUGUCACCAUACCUGGGUCCAUGCUUGUUCUCACUGCCUUGGCCUACUUCCUGCUGAGCAAGAGAAGAAAGACCUCAGGGCACAAAGACGCGCAUCCUGAGGCAGGCCAGUACGUGGACCCUUCAGCUACUAUUGCAGCCCCAACUAUUGCUGGUGACACUGAGCAGACCUACACCUUCCAUGAGGCCCAGAGGGAGCAGCACUGCUCACUGCUGGGCCACAUGAAGAGCAUCUUGAAGGGCAGCAAGGACAGAAGUCUGACCCAUCCAGCUGCACUCCAACCGGAGGUCCCACCAGCCCCACGCAAGCAAGUGCACUUCCAGGAGAAGGUGGUGCAAAUCAUCCCUUCUGUCAGCGAAAGCCUGGAUGAUGUGGAAAGUGAGACUGAAGAAACCACAUCAGAUACAGCACCCAUCCUCACCCCUCCUGAUACCCCUGUCGUCCUCACUCCCCUCAGUCCCACAGGACUGUUUUGA